UCAACUGUAGAUACUGUCGAGAUCCUAGACUAGGUUGAUUUCAUUUCCCAUGUCACUGAUAAGGCUAAUUUCACCGACUGUAAUAGCCUGUAAAAAACCCUGUUUUUUCUCUCUUGCAUAUGCCCUCUCCCGGCCUCCUACCUUCUAUAUAUAGGCAUUCAAGGCUAGCCAAAAUUUCUUGCCACCCUCAAAAAGCUGCUCUAAUAGCAAUAUUUGCAGGUAAUUUUCCUUUCAAAAUAUGCUGCUGGUGAUGGGUAUAACUGGAGGGCUUUGGACUGCUGCCCUUGUAGUUGGGUUUGUGGGGUUUUUGAUUUUGUACCAUUUCUUGCCUUUGUUGUUGCUGAGGAAUGGUGCUGUCCCCAAAGGGUCUUUCGGGUGGCCUCUUCUUGGAGAAACCCUUUCUUUUCUAAAGCCUCAUACUUCAACCUCAACUGGGGUUUUCUUGCAACAACAUUGUUCUAGGUAUGGGAAAGUGUUCAAAUCCCAUUUGUUCUUCUCUCCAACUGUGGUUUCAUGCGACCAAGAGCUCAACUACUACAUACUACAGAACGAAGAGAGACUGUUCCGGUGCAGCUACCCGAAGCCCAUCCAUGGAGUUCUUGGCAAGAAUUCUAUGCUGGUGGCCGUCGGUGAAGCCCACAAGAGGCUGAGGAAUGUCGCCCUCUCACUCGUCGCCACCAUGAAAUCCAAACCAGACCUGUUGAUCGACAUUGAGAGAACUGUAACCCGUAUUCUUGAUUCCUGGAAAGACAAAAACCAGGUCAUAUUCUGUGAGGAAGCUCGGAAGUACACAUUCAAUGUAAUAGUGAAGCAGGUGCUUGGAUUAACACCAGAAGAGCCAAGAACAGAAGAAAUUCUUCAAGAUUUUCUCACUUUCAUGAGAGGGUUGAUUUCUCUACCCAUCUACAUUCCAGGCACUCCAUAUGCAAGAGCUGUUCAGGCUAGGAGUAGAAUAUCUUCAACUGUCAAAUCAAUCAUAGAGGAAAGAAGAGGAAAUUCUUGCAAGAAAAGUAGUGAUUUCCUUGAGAUCCUGCUGUGUGUUGAUACCUUAUCCGAAGAUGAAAAAGUUAGCUUCGUGUUGGAUUCUCUACUUGGUGGCUAUGAGACCACUUCCCUUCUUAUGUCCAUGCUGGUAUUUUUCCUUGAUCAGUCCCCCAGUGCUGCUCAACAACUACAGCUUGAGCAUCGGAGAAUACGAAGCACGAAGAAAAAUGAUGAAUUUCUGAACUGGGAAGAUUACAAACUUAUGGAAUUCACACACAGUGUCAUAAAUGAAGCUCUGAGAUAUGGCAACGUUGUUAAAUUUGUCCACCGAAAGGCAAUCAAAGAUGUCAAAUUUAGAGAUUAUAUAAUUCCAUCAGGUUGGAAGGUCCUACCUGUUUUCUCCGCCGUUCAUCUGGACCCUUCUCUCCACGCGAAUGCCCUCCAGUUCAAUCCUUGGAGAUGGCAGUCGGGAGAUCAAACGUGCAAGAAGUUCACUCCGUUUGGUGGAGGGUCGAGGUGCUGCCCAGGUUUCGAACUGGCAAAGGUUGAGGUUGCUUUUUUUCUUCACUACCUCGUACAAAAUUAUAGGUGGAAAGUCGAAGAUAGCGAACAGCCCAUCGCUUAUCCAUUUGUAGAGUUUCAAAAAGGAUUGAAGUUAAGUGUGGAACGUUUGAGCAGCUGAGGAUCAAAGUUAAAUAUUUUAGGCGUUGUAUUGUCGCCCAUAAUUUUUUUGGAUAGGAAGUGAUCCGAUGAAAUGAGUUUAAAGGAGUCGAGUUGUGAUCCGGUUUUCCUAUAGUACGUACAUAGAAAACAAGCAAAGAUUGAUUGAGGUUGUCUUAUAUAUAUAUAUGUAUGUAUGUAUAAAUAAUUUCACGAAGAGGAGGGAUCUUACGUUUUCA